AUGGUUUCCAUGACUAUUAUUAUAGAAUUGCUAGUUUUGUUAACGUACCUUUCGGAUACUAAUGCAUCGAACAUUUCAACUGAUGAGGCUGCUCUUUUAGCUUUCAAAGCUCAUAUAACUUCAGAUCCAAAUGGAAUGUUGUCGAAAAACUGGACAAAAGGGACUCACCUUUGCAAUUGGAUAGGCAUAUCUUGCAGUAGAAGGCAUCAAAGAGUGACAUCACUAGACCUCAAUGGUCUCAGACUAAGAGGUUCAAUCGCGACUGAAACUGGGAACCUUUCCUUUCUUAGUUUCUUGGACAUUGGAAACAACAGCAUCAACGGUGAAAUCCCUGAUGAACUCAGCUAUUUGAGGAGGCUGAAGCACUUGACCUUGUCAAUGAAUAAUCUCACAGGUCAAAUUCCAGAAAGUCUUGGAUUACUGAGAAGGCUCGAGUUGUUGGAUCUUUCUGAAAAUGAUCUCUUUGGAUCUGUUCCUUCGUCUAUCUUCAAUGUCUCUUCUUUGAAAGUCAUCAAUUUGAUUUAUAAUGCACUCUCUGGGACUUUGCCAAAUGACAUUUGCCAUAAUCUUCCGCGGCUGGAGGGCUUACAGAUAGCAAGAAAUCAACUCUCUGGCCAACUACCAAGCAAUUUAGACAAAUGCAAAGAGCUUACAUACUUGUCCUUGUCAUAUAACCAGUUCACAGGACAUAUACCAAGUGAAAUUGAUAACCUAUCAGCAAUUCGAAGAUUAAGUCUACGCCGGAACAAUUUGGUGGGAAAUCUUCCACCAUCUAUUGGAAAUUUGUCAAAUCUAGAGAUGAUAGACCUAGGUGACAACAGUCUAUAUGGAGGCGUUCCUCAGGAGUUUGAACAUCUUGUAAAUUUGAAAGAAGUGUAUCUUGGUCCAAACAGAUUAUCAGGUGAAGUUCCAAGGCGUAUGUACAACAUUUCUGGACUAAAAAAGAUUUCAUUUGUAGCAAAUGAGCUUUCAGGAACACUUCCCCCAAACAUAGGCCAUACUCUUCCAAAUCUUGAAGGCCUUUACCUUGGGGAAAACCAGUUCACCGGGCUGAUUCCUACCUCAAUUGUGAAUUCCACCAAGCUUAUCCAGCUUGAUUUUGGUCGCAAUCUGUUUAGUGGACCUGUACCUAUGAAUCUUGGAAAGCUACAACAGCUUCAAUUCAUCAACUUUCAAGUAAACCAAUUGAGGAAUGAUCAAUCUACAGGCGAGUUAAGUUUCCUGACAUCAUUAUCUAAUUGCAAGUAUUUGAAAACCGUUCAAAUAGGAGGUAAUCAAUUUAAUGGAAGUCUUCCAAAAUCUUUAGGUUCAGGAAACUGGUCCUUUUCCCUUGAAUAUUUCAUUGCCCUUCAAAGUGGUAUCACAGGAAAAAUACCAACUAACAUCAGUAACUUUAGGAACCUGGAGUGGUUAACAUUGGGAGACAAUAAACUUAUAGGAUCUAUUCCUCCAGUUUUGGGGAACUUGAGGAAUUUGAAAAGAUUUAGCCUGGAGAAAAACAAUUUAGAUGGAAUUAUACCAACUAGCUUGUGUAACAUGGAAAACUUGUACCAAAUUAUCUUGGGGAAAAAUCAACUUACUGGCGAAUUACCAAGUUGUUUUGGAAAUCUUUCUUCUUUAAGAGAACUCUACUUAGAUUCCAAUGCACUAAUUUCCCAUAUUCCAUCAACUUUUUGGAGGAACAGAGAUAUUUCAAUUCUCACUUUGUCCUCCAAUUUACUGAAUGGGUCUCUUGCAGUAGAAAUGAGGAAUUCAAGGAGUUUGCGGAUAUUACAUUUACAUGGUAAUCAGUUCUCUGGUCAGAUUCCUAGCACAAUUGGCCAACUACAAAGUUUGGUUAGCCUUUCACUGUCAAAGAAUAUGUUAGAUGGUUCCAUACCUGAACUAUUUGAAGAUUUGGUUUCAUUGGAACACUUGGAUCUAUCUAGCAACAAUCUAUCAGGCAUGAUCCCCAAGUCCUUGAGGAAUCUUGAACAUCUCAUGUAUUUCAAUGUCUCGUUCAAUGGGCUCAUGGGUGAAAUUCCAGAUGGAGGGCCAUUCGUAAAUUUUACAGCUGAAUCAUUCAUGGGUAACCCUGCAUUAUGUGGAUCAUCACGCUUCCAUGUGAUGCAAUGCAGAGUCACAAGUCUUGAAAGGAAAAGAAAGAGUAGAGUCUUAACUUCUGUUCUUGCAUCAGUUUCCUCAGGAGUUGUAGUCACAACCAUUUUCAUCAUUUGGUUUCUGAAAUGCCGAAAAAGGAGUACGGAACUUCCUCUAGUUGAUACAUUUGGUCAGGUACAUAAGAGGAUUUCGUACUAUGAUAUUUCUCAAGGGACAAACAACUUUGAUGAAGCAAACUUGAUUGGAAGGGGGAGCCUUGGCAUGAUCCCCAAGUCCUUGAGGAAUCUUGAACAUCUCAUGUAUUUCAAUGUCUCGUUCAAUGGGCUCAUGGGUGAAAUUCCAGAUGGAGGGCCAUUCGUAAAUUUUACAGCUGAAUCAUUCAUGGGUAACCCUGCAUUAUGUGGAUCAUCACGCUUCCAUGUGAUGCAAUGCAGAGUCACAAGUCUUGAAAGAAAAAGAAAGAGUAGAGUCUUAACUUCUGUUCUUGCAUCAGUUUCCUCAGGAGUUGUAGUCACAACCAUUUUCAUCAUUUGGUUUCUGAAAUGCCGAAAAAGGAGUACGGAACUUCCUCUAGUUGAUACAUUUGGUCAGGUACAUAAGAGGAUUUCGUACUAUGAUAUUUCUCAAGGGACAAACAACUUUGAUGAAGCAAACUUGAUUGGAAGGGGGAGCCUUGGUUUGGUGUACAAAGGGACACUAGCAGAUAGAAUGGUUGUGGCAAUAAAGGUAUUCAAUACAGAACUGCAACAUGCAUUUAGAAGUUUCGAAGUGGAGUGUCAAGUUUUACGUAGCAUUCGACACAGAAACCUUGUUAAGGUGAUAAGUAGUUGUGCCAAUUUUGAUUAUAAAGUGUUGGUGCUAGAGUACAUGCCCAAUGAAAACCUCGAAUGUUGGCUUCACUCUACUGACAAAUUUUUGGAUAUAACUCAAAGACUAAAGGUGAUGAUUGAUGUGGCUUCCGCUGUGGAGUAUUUACAUGGAGGUCAUUUGUUUGUAGUCGUCCAUUGUGAUUUGAAACCAAGUAACAUACUUUUGGAUGAAGAUAUGGUGGCAAAAGUGAGUGACUUUGGGAUAUCCAAACUUCUAACAGCUGAGACGCUAAUAACACAUACCAAGACUUUGGGUACCAUCGGUUACAUGGCACCAGAGUAUGGGUCAGAAGGCAAAGUAUCAACCAAGGGAGAUGUUUAUAGCUUUGGUAUUUUGUUAAUGGAGACUUUUACAAGAAAGAGCCCUGUGGAUGAUCUAUUCGUAGGAGACUUCACCUUGAAAAGAUGGAUAUGCCAAUCAUUACCAGACCGAUUGGUGGAUGUAGUAGACAUUAAUCUAUUUUCACUGGACGAAGAAAAUUUUACUUCUAAAGAAAGAUGUUUCAAAUCAAUCAUGGAAUUAGCUCUUGAAUGCACAAACGAUUUUCCUGAAGAAAGAAUUCGCAUGGAAGAUAUUACUCUGCAACUCAAGAAGAUCCUAACCCAAUUUCUGCAAAAUGUUGUAACAAACUAA